CAAUAAUUCAACCUAACCACAUAAAAUAUAUUAAAAAAAUAAAAUUAAAAAAAGAAAUGCGCAUCCACCUCGCCAUCCUCGACACUGACGUCCCCGUCCCCACCGUCUACGCCGCGCGCGGGCUAUACAGUUCUCAAUUCCGCAGAUUACUCCAAUCCGCCGCGGCACGUCUGACCGACAACGACAGCAAGGCAGAGGGAAUUACGAUACAGACUUCAUCGUACGACGUUCCUGGUGGCUCAUUCCCUGCGUUUGCCACGCUGCGCAAAAACACAAACAAAAGGAAAGAAAAUGUCCAUGUUAACACAGACGAGAAGGAGGAGGCGUUUUCACCUAUAGAUGCAAUUCUCAUCACCGGCUCACUGGCCUCGACCUACGAGCUAGAUAAGGUCCCCUGGGUCCGACAGCUCCAGGAAUUCGUGCAGACUGUGUGGACCCGGUAUCCCGCGGUGAAAUGGGUUGGGUCGUGUUUUGGACAUCAGAUGAUUGCGCAGGCGCUGCUGUCACGACACUACCCGAAGAAUAAUCAGCAGAGGAUGAUUGGUGAUGAGAAAGAGGUUGAAGUUGCUGCUGUUCAGCGGUGUGCUGCCGGUUAUGAAAUUGGUAUAUCCCCGAUUCUUUUAGACUCGGCGUUUCUCGAGACUGUUCCGGGGAAGGCGUUGAAAGGGUUGGAGAAUGGGAUGAUGCGAGUGCAGUUGUUUCACGGCGAUCAAGUGGUGGUAUCUUCUAGUCUACCCACUCCGUGGAUGAAUAUUGGCAGCACGCCGCUCUGCUCCAUCCAAGGACUGUAUUAUCCUGGCCGGGUGUUGACAUAUCAGGGGCAUUUCGAGUUUGAUGCUUUCGUGAAUAGGGAGUUGGUGUUGUAUUGCGGGGAGAAGGCUGGGUGGGGGGACCAGAGGAUUGCAGGGUUUGUGGCGCAGAUAGGAGAAGAAGGGGAGGAUGAUUCCGAGGUGGCGGCGGAGGCGGUGGUUAGGUUUUUGGUCGAUGAUGGGAAUUCUCUAAACGGGAUACAGAUGCAAGGGGGAUAAGUAGAUACAGACAUUGGUGGCGAGGUAUGGUUGUGGGUUAUAACUACAUGUAGG